AUGACAACAACGGGAAUGGAAGAUAACAGUGCCAGUUUUAUGACGGAAAUUACGGAAGAUUUUGUUACAAAUGUAAAACAAGGUUUCAUGGACAUCCGUAUUGUGGAACAGUAUAUUAACGGAUGCAUUGAUUCACCACGAUCAAUCCUUACACCUCCACCUGUUGUUCCGAUUGUACAAAUAAUAGGAUCUGUGAUUGCGUGGUGCGCAAUAGAGCAUAAAUGGGUUAUAGAAGGCGAAGGGCAAAUAGCAAGUCCAGAAUUAAUGCGAACAUCGAUUUGGUGUUUGACACGACUGUUUUCGGCAAUUGGACUUUACACUGGUCCUCAAUUUGAGGAUUCAUUGGAAGUGGUUGCAAGACGACUUUCGCCAAAUCUGUUAUCGCAUGCCCAUGGUGAGCAAACAGCACGAAGCACACGUCUUAUCCCGUGCCUUACAGCAAUAUCUGUUGAUCAUUUGCCGGCUCGACGUUCACUGCUGGCCGCACUUGCACGAAUCAGCACCUCA